GUUGUUGGUUCAAGUCCCACCACUGCCAAGUUGCCACUGUUGGGCCCCUGAGCAAGACCCUCAACCCUCAGCUGCUCGAGCUGUACUCAGACAUAACUUAUGUAUGAGAUGAGCUCGUGUCCGUCACUGGAGGCAAUAACCAUGUCACAUCACCAUGACAACCAUAAUACUUGGUGACAUGGCACAGCAAAGGAUGCUGGGAAAUACCAAACGCUUUUUUGCUGGAACAGAGGAGAAAGAAGGGGACGAUGAGGCAGAGGAAGAAGAGAGGGGGCGGAGUAAGGGGAGGGCAGAAAGGCAGAACGGACCAACGGAUGGCCUGGAGGAAAGCCAGACUCGAGCAGUUCGCCAGGCGCGCGAGGGCAAAGGAGAGGCACAAAAGCCAGCAGCGAUCGUGAUUGGACGGCAGAGAGGAGACAGACAGCCUCGGCCAGCCAAUCCAGGCCACAAAGGAAUUCCCUACACAGUCAAUCAGGCAGUCCUCCAUCAUCAGCCAGCUAGUCAACCACUGUAUUACCCAACCCCAGCCGAUCAGCAGCAGUUUUACAAAGUACUGACCAAUCAGCAGGUUAGGAGGCGUCACAUGGAGCGCAGCAUGACAGCGAUGGCCCCACUGGAGGACACACACCUCCCCAUGAUGGUGUUCCGCAUCGGAAUCCCUGAUAUUAAACAAACGAAGUGCUUACGGUUUGACCCUGAUGUGAGUGUCUGGAGUGUGAAACAGCAGGUCAUGUGCUCCCUGAACGAGUCCCUGUGGGAUGUUUAUAACUACGGACUCUUCCAACCGGCCGGAGAGGGGCGUGAUGCCUGCUUCCUGGAGGAGGAACGCUCACUUCGAGAAUACCCACAAUCCCUUGAGAAGGGAGUGCCUUACCUGGAGUUCAGGUACAAGAGCAGAGUCUAUAAACAGACCAACCUGGAUGAGAAACAGUUGGCCAAACUACACACCAAGGCGAAUCUAAAAAAGUUCCUGGACUAUGUUCAGAGUGGAGCUGUGGAGAAGAUGAGCAAAGCUCUGGAGAAAGGCCUGGACCCCAAUUACCACGACCCAGAGAGUGGUGAGACCCCGCUGUCGUCGGCAGUGCAGGGCGGAGUCAGCGUGGAGGGGAUUCGUGUGCUGCUACUCAACGGAGCCCAUCAUGACUUCAGGGCCAGAGAUGGACUCACACCCCUACACAAAGCAGUCAGGGCUCACAACCACAUAGCCCUGCUGACUCUGCUGUCUAUGGGAGCGUCUCCAGACUAUAAGGAUCGGUGCGGUCUUACUCCACUCUACCACUCCGUACUGACAGGAGGUGACACAUCUUGUUGUGAAACGCUGCUUUACUACAGAGCACGCCUUGGGGUCCGUGAUGAGAAUGGAUGGGAUGAAUCCCACCAGUCAUGCCAGAAUGGUUUUGCCCAACACUUAGAGCACCUGCUGUUCUAUGGGGCAGAUACAACUUCCCAGAAUGCAUCAGGGAACACCGCUUUGCACAUAAGUGCCCUGUACAAUAAGGAGAGCUGUGUCCGGGUUCUCCUCUAUCGGGGAGCCAAUAAGGAGAUAAAGAACAAACAUGGCCAAACUCCUUUUCAGGUCGCUGUGAUGUCUGGGCAUUUUGAACUUGGAGAGAUCAUCAAAAAUCAUAAUGACCAGGAUGUAGUCCCAUUUUUGGAGUCUCCCAAAUUUGUUCCUCAGCGUCUGGAGAGUGGGCGGGACCUAUCAGUGACUAUAACCAUUCCCCAUCCUCAUCCCCUCCUACGAGCAAAGAGCGAGAAUACUAUGGCUCCACCUCCUGACCCUGUAGCCAUGCCCACCACUACACCUGCUGUGCCACGUUUACAGGGGUCACGCCGUGCCUCCUUCGCACUGCGGAGCUCCAGUAGUCCUCGUGGUACAAGAGCUCGCUCGCCAUCCCGGGCCAGAGGGGCAGUAGAACCUGACAUCAAGCAACAGAAACAGCGUGGCAGGGCCGGUGUAAGUCAGAGGAGGAGGCUGUACAGCGCUGUCCCAGGACGUGUGUUUGUGGCCACGCGAUCUCACUCUGCCCAGGGCGAACGUGAGAUCAGUCUAAACAAGGGCGACAGAGUGAAAGUGUUGAGUGUUGGAGAGGGAGGCUUCUGGGAAGGAACAGUGAAAGGACGCACUGGCUGGUUUCCCUCAGACUGUGUGGAAGAGGUGCUCCCACAGAACCAGGAACAGAGACCAGAGAGUCGCAGUGAGAAAGCCAAGAGGAAGUUAUUUCGUCAUUACACUGUAGGAACAUAUGAUGGACUGGAUGCACCUAGCGAUUACAUCAUAAAGGAGAAGUCUGUGCUUCUGCAGAAGAAAGAAAAUGAAGGGUUUGGCUUUGUGCUUCGAGGAGCUAAAGCUCAGACUCCAAUCGAAGAGUUUACUCCGACCCCUGCGUUUCCCGCUCUGCAGUAUCUGGAGUCUGUGGAUGAGGGGGGUGUGGCUUGGAGAGCAGGGUUAAGAAUGGGGGACUUCCUUAUUGAGGUGAAUGGUAUGGAUGUAGUGAAGGUGGGCCACAGGCAAGUUGUCAAUAUGAUUCGUCAGGGUGGAAACAGCCUCAUGAUGAAAGUUGUCAUGGUAGCACGGAAUCCUGAGAUGGAUGAGGCACCAAAGAAAAAAGCUCCCCAGCAGACCAAGAGGUUAACGCCCCCAGCCAUUACGCUCCGCUCUAAAUCAAUGACCUCAGAGCUGGAGGAGAUGGUGGACAAAGCUGCUUCACCAUGGAAGAAGAAACCAGAUCACUUAGAGGGAUCUCAGGCCCCUGAUAAGAAAAGGAGUGUUUACCAAAUGGCACUUAGUAAGGAAAACAACUGGAUGAGAUUCCUUGCUGCUGCUCAGCAGACAAUCAGCGCAUCUGACUCUCAGGGUCACAGGGGUCACGGGGGUCAUGGAGGCAAAAAAGACCGAAAUAAGGGCUUCUACACUAAUGAGCAAACUUUUGACCAAUCAGGAGGUGUCGGCAUGAUGACAUCAGGGUCUGGGUAUGCUUCUAGUUAUGCCCAGUUUUCAUCAAGCCACGCCUCUCAGCAUGGUGUGAUGGUUCGUCAGAAAUCUGUUGGAGUUGCAGAGGAGGAGAGGGGGCACCUACACCCCCCUACGAUGAAGCUGUCUCGCAGUCUGUCUGUGCCAGGGCCUGAUGACAUCCCUCCACCCCCAGACACUUCGGCUCCAGAACCCCCUCUCCCUGCAGCCAGAAGGGCGGAGCUAGCCCACACUAACCCCACUCUUCCCAUGCCUCCCUCUCACUACGUCUCCCACGGCCCAGUGCAGACCAGAGCCCCAUCCACACGCAGGGUGGAGACUGACACUGGUAGGAGGGGAGGAGCCAAGAUGGGUGGUCUAAGGCGUGGUUACAGCAGUGCCAUUCCCCCUUCUGACAUGGCCCCCAAACAACUAACAGCACAACGUAGCCAGUCUCCAGCUGCUGUCAAGACGACCGGCCGACGGGUUGGUAAGGGGCCACUGCUGAAACAGCGUAAGGUGGAGGAGGGGACAGGGCGAUUGGAUAAGAGCUCCAUCUCCAUCCCCACGAUUAUUGUGAAGGCACCAUCCACCAGCAGCUCUGGGCGUAGCAGCCAGAACAGCAGCGUUGAGGCUGAGCCUCCGACACAGCUGGACCAUGAAGAGGAGGAGCCUCCAGCAUUUGACAUGCCUCCAGCCCCUCCUCCAGCCCCACCCCCAGCCCCGCCUCCACCUUUGUCUUCCAUUCAGGGAUCUGAGCACUUGGAUCUAGGUGGUGGAACGGCUCGGCGAGAAAGGGAACGUUACCGUGACUCCCGCAGGAAAAGCACUUCUUUUUUCUACUCCUCGGAGGAGGACAUGCUAGAUGAGCCAGACCUCAACCGGAAUCCUCCAGACUCUGGCCCCUCCCCCCGACUCCGCCCAUCCAAGUCUAUUGAUGAGGGUCUUUUCUCUAGCGAAGCUGUGAGCAUGCCUCCAGCGUUCGGGUUGCCGCAGUAUGCCUCUGCCACACCGCACCAUGCCAGUCAUGCCACCACCUUCAUCCACCCACUGACAGGCAAGGUCUUGGACCCUUCCAGCCCCCUGGGACUUGCCUUAGCUGCUCGGGAACGGGCCCUUAAGGAUGACCACCGCACACGCCGUGAAGAGCGCCACUUUGGGCGCCAGUUUUCCACUGCUGCUGCUUUUCCCUCAGCUACCCACAAUGCUCAGCACCCAACCUCCUCUCACACUGCCCUGUAUCUAAGCAGCACUUCCCCUACAUCAACAAGCCCCUCCCCUCUGAGCCGACCACAGUCCCCUCGAAUGGUUCGAUUGGCUGGUACUGGAAUUGCAGGUGGAGACUGGAGCAGGGAGUCUGGGGACAGUGAAGGCAGAGAGGCCCAAAAGGUACGCUUUACAAAUGACAGAACCAGUCAAUAUCAGACAUACCACAGAGAGAGGGAGGGGUAUGGAGGGAUGGCCCCUGAGCCCUCUGCACACAGGCCCGCCUUCAUGCAUCUGGAGAGUGAGGGCAGUGCUGACACUGGAGGCUACCUGACCCACAGAGCUCCCAGUCCUGCCCUAGAGUCCUCCAGAGCAGGAGAGAGGGGAGCAGAGCCAGAAAGAGCCACAGAUGGAGAAAGGAGCCAGGACGUAGGUGAAGCUGGAAGAGAGCCUGGGGGUGGAGGGGGUAUAAUGGUGCUGCCUCCUCCAGCUCCGUCCGUGGAUGUGGCGGAUGAGUUUGUGUUUGCAGAACCCCUGCCGCCCCCUCUUCAGUUUGCCAACGGUGUGGACAGAAUGAUGCAAGGAACAGCAAGUUACAGCCACCAACACCACCACCAUCAACCACACCACCACCAAUACCAACACCAUCAACAACAACAGCAGCAGCACCACCACCACCACCACCACCAUCAACAACACCAACAGCAGCAUGACCACAGCCCACAGCAGCUGUCAGCACUACAGUCUCUACAGGAGCACCAGCUCCAUAACACCUUGAAGGACCCAGAGUUCACAGCAUCCUCUCAGCCUGAGACGCAGUCACUGCCUGCAAACGUCCACCCCUCCACAAUCAUCCAUCCCUUUCUCUUUCCCCCAUCGCCACUGUUGCCCCCUCCGCAGCUUUGCCCGAAAAUCCCACUGGCCAAUGACCCUCCUUCACAUCCUCUACCCCAGCCGCCUCUCCCCUCCCCCCAGGCCGGGGACUCUGCUGCCUCGAGUCUGACGUCGUAUGACAGCGAGGUGGCUAACCUAACCCAGUCAGCUCUUUCUCCAUCUCUGCCAUCUCCUCAGACCUUUCCUCCAGCCUCCUCUCCCUCAGCUCCAGCCACAUCCUCUGACCCUGCGUCACUGCAUAGACCCCUCCCACUCUUUUACCCACCACAGGACCGAGGCAAUGCUACCCUUACCUAUGCUACCAUGACAACUGCUGUUGCAGCCACAGCCACUGCUGCUGUGGUGACUGUCACCAUGACAACCCCUUCAGCCAGCACAGCAGUUGUCAUGAAUGACCAGCUUCCUCCCACAGCAAAGAGCCGUGAUUGGUCAGAAGUGGUGGCUGAUUCUGGGAUUGAGGAGCUGGACAGUCACAACAGCAGUGACCAUCACACAGAAAACAUCAGAGAAGACAAGGACAAAGGAGUGGAGAAAUGUGUAGAUGCAGACGGUGGCAACGUGAUGGUGGAGGUGAAAGCUGGAAGAAGAGUGUCCCUGGAUUCCUGUCUCUCGGACAAUGACAAACACACUUUUAAAACCCACACUGACACACACACCAAAACACACAUACCUAAAACCAAACCUCCACCCCCCACACACACUAAACCUCACCCUCACAGUACAGCCAAAAUGCACACACACACCGAGGGUGUCCGAACAGCUGCAACGUUACGGCGGCAGACCAGUGCUGCACCUGGCUUCUACAGACCAGAAGAGGAGCUGGAAGGAGGAAGAGGUCUGGAGAUGAUGAUGAUGAUGAAGACUCCGUCUUUUGUUGAGCGGCGGCUGAACUCUCCUCUCUCCGGUGUGAAGGCCAGCAUCAUCAGUGAACUGAGCAACAAGCUUCAACAGUUAGGGAACUGGCAGGGUCAAGCCAUGCAACACACACAAAGGUUUUCAGGAGACUCCGCCCAGCUGCCCCUGCUCUCCUCUUCUGCUCAACCACUUCCGUCAGUUCUGCCCCCCACCUUAUCCCCAACCCUGACCCUUAACACCUUACCCCAAACUCUGAUCCCUAACACUUUACCCCAAACUCUGAUCCCUAACACUUUACCCCAAACUCUGAUCCCUAACACUUUACCCCAAACUCUGACCCCUAACACUUUACCCCAAACUCUGACCCCUAACACCUUACCUCCAACCCUGACCCCUAACAUUUUACCCCAGACUCUGACCCCUAACACUUUACCCCCAACGUUGACCCCUAAUCCCUUACCCCAGACUAUUAGCCCUAACCCUUUAACCCCUAAUCCCUUAACUCUUACUUGUAACCCUUUAAUGCAAAAUCUGUCCCCUAACCCCUUGACUCCUACACUUAACACUAAUCCUGUACCUUCAUCCCCUCUAACUCCAGCCCUGACACCAACUCCUCUUCCUGCAAGUCCUCUCGCCCCCUCCUUCACGCCACUGUCUCUUUCCCAGUGUCCAGCUCAGCCCUCCCCCUAUUCUAACUGGUCCCACUCUCCCUCUCCUCUCUCUUUCUCUCAUUGCCCUCUUUCUCCUCCCUCCCUCUCUCAUGCUCCCCUCUCUCCUCUCUCCUUUGCCCACCCCCCCCCUGUCGCCACCCUCAUACCCUCAUCCUCCCGUCUCUCCUCUGGCGCUCUCUCAUGCUCCUCUAUCUCCUUCCUUGCUGUCUCACCCUCCAGUCUCUCCAUCCUACUCGCUGUCUCACCCUCCAGUCUCUCCAUCCUACUCUCCUUAUCCUACCUCCCAAAGCAUCGUGCCAAGUAUCGAGGUAAAAACUCUAGAACUGUUUUGCCGGGUCUGAGACGCCGUCCUGAAUCUCAGGGUCAGCGUCGCCGUGCUCCCAGCCCUCUGAUUUCCUGUUCAGAUCGGCCCCAACCUGGCCCGCCACGUCCCUCCUCACUUCCUCUCUUCCCUUCUGCUCCCCUCUAUGGAACGCCGUUUGACCUGCAGGUCUCCCUCACCCCACCGUCCACCUCUCACCAUCUAGCUGAGCAUUUCUUCCCUCAAACACCUCCUCUCUUGCCCUCGACAUCCCCAGCCCCUGCAAAAACCCCCCUGAUAGCUUCCCGCUCUCUCUCCCCUACCCACUUCCUGUCAGGUGGUUCCUCUCCUUCCUGUAUGAGCUACCCUCCCCUCACCCCUCCUCCACCCAAUCGACCUUUUGCGUCUAAGCCACUCCCUUAUUGGAGCAAAUUUGAUGUUGCUGAUUGGCUAACCCACCUGAACCUGGCCGAGCAUCGAGAGCGUUUCCUAGACAACGAGAUCGAUGGUUCUCACCUGCCCUCUUUGACAAAGGAAGACUUCCUGGAUCUGGGAGUGAGUCGUGUUGGACACCGCAUGAACAUUGAGCGUGCACUGAAGCGACUCACUGAGAGGGUGUCCUCUCCCUUCUCCAUCUCCACCGUGUCCUCAGAGGGACUCCUUGAGCAGGGGAGAGAUGAGGGUGCUCAGAGCUGAGGGGCUGACCCUGACCCUGACCCUGACCCUCACCCUGACCCUGACCCUGACCCUGGGGUUAUUGUGCACAGAGAACAGGGCUAUGAGCUUGGACAGGAUACAGCUGCUCUUGAACCAGUGGGGCAGAGAAGAGGUUGCGCACGUUUGACUGAAUUCUGCCUUAUCAUGGAAACCUCUUAACAUAAGUGUUAAGCUGCUUUACCAGUUACAUUCAACCUGAUCACCAGAGACAGAUUGUGGACGGGACUUGAGACAGUGGACAUCACCGCCUUGCUACUGAAUCUGAUAAGGACAAUCGUGAGAGUUGACUUCCUUCUUACUGAAAUUGCUUUUGUUUAUUCACGAGGAUGGCAGCGUUACUCUGUUGCUAUGGUGAUGAAACAGAUGAUGUAAAGUUUAUUGAUUACUAUAGUAAUACAAAGAUCUUUAUUGUUGUAAAUCUGUGCAGUUAAUGUUCAUAUCAUCCUUACCUCCAAACACACUCUAACUCUACGCUUACCGUUAAACACACUCUGUCCCGAACCUUACCCCAAACAUAUUAAAAUGUAAUCAAAAACGGUGAAUAAUGAACGUUAGAUUUUUAUUUCUGAUCAUAAUAAUGAUAAUAAUGAUAAAGAUAAUAAGUUUCAUAAUUAGCAUUUAACAGUUAAGUCCAUAAACAUUUGAACUCUGUAAACAUAACUGGUCUUCCAGAAAGAAGAACAUGAUGAACUCCCCCUCUGGGUUUAGUGUCCCUGCAUCUGAUCACACACACCCACCAUUAGUCAGACCCACAAACACAUUCACACAUACAAGCACCACACACAUUCACACGUGUGUGUGGGUGGUGACUAGUUCUGAGAGGAGAGGAUAACUUCAUUUUAUUUGAGAGAAUAUUUUAGGAUAUAGUAAACUCUAUGAAUUUAUUGAUCACACAAACAUAUAUAUACAUAUAUAUGUACGUGUGUGUGCGUGCCUGUGUGCGUGUGUGUGCACACUUUGAAGAUAUUUAUGCAGAGUUAUCUAGGUUUAUCAGGUAUUUCUGUUGCUAUGUAAGAAUGGUGGAUAUGAUGGUGAUGAUCUGAGAUAUAAUUAAGAUGUUUGAAUAAAUGAUAAUUAU